AAGGAGAAAGGGAAGAAAAACUCCUCGGUUAGCCUCUUUUUACGCCACAAGUCGCGGAGAGAGCCAAAACCACGAAGCAUUUUCUUUUGUUAAGGGAGAGAAAUCCACGCCACAAGAACUCCCAGCUAGUUAUUUUCUUAGCCAAGAAAGCAAACCUGCAACUAAAGCCGGAAUAAUUACCAAAAACAAGCAUUUUCGCUUUCAAUGA